CUCACAACACGUUGACAACACGCAAGUAAAAUGUUCAGCAAAAUCUUUGCAUUUGGAGCUAUGCUGGCUGCGGCCAACGCCGGUCUUUACCACGGACAUGGCCACGCCGUAUCCUCUCAGAGCAUCGUGCGGCACGACGGCCACGCAACCCCGGUGUACCAGGGGCAUUACGCACCUUUAGCGUAUUCUGGACAUUAUGCUCCUGCCGCUGUCUAUGGUGGUCAUGAUUACUAUGCUUAUCCCAAAUACGACUACGCGUACUCCGUGGCUGACCCUCACACCGGUGACCACAAGUCUCAGCACGAGAGCCGCGACGGCGACGCAGUGCACGGCUCCUACUCAUUGGUACAGCCUGAUGGAUCUGUGCGCAAGGUCGUUUACACCGCUGACGACCAUACUGGAUUUAACGCUGUAGUACACAACUCCGCUCCUUCAGUCCAUCCUCAGCACUACCACCAUUAUUGAUCUCGAUCUGCAAUGAUUAUAUAAUUAUGUCACAAAAUAAUUUAUUAAACUCAU